AUGGCCAGAAGGUCUAAUAGAACUCUGACAGGGGUACGUGGCCCAAACUCAGCUUUAACUGAGUUUUUGAGAGUUGAGGGUAUUACAGAUGCGUUUAGGAGAAGACAAGAAAGAGACGAUUCUGCAUCUAGAGAACAAUCACCUACGGAUAGAAACGAUACUGAAGAAAGUGAAAUCCCUUUGCCAUCAUCGAGGUUGGAUAUUCAUGAAAAUAUUGUGAAUGAAGAGGAAGACGAAGAGGAAAGAGCGAUACGGCAAGCUGCAAGAAGGAAAAGGAAGGCUGCUAAUCGGCGUCUGGGAGGCGGUUUUCCAAGUGAAAGCGACAGCGAUGAUGACGAUGAUAAGGAUUAUAGCGAUGAUGAUGUUAGGGGAAAUGGCUUUAAGAAAUUUGGAGAGGAAGAUAAUUGCGUAGAUUGCGGCAAAAUUUUCAAUAUGACGGUUUAUUCUCGAUAUGAUAGGGCUAGAAAGGGUUAUUUAUGUGAAGCAUGUAAUGAAAACUUGAAGCAACGUGAGAAAAUAGCUCGUAGAAAUCAACUUAAUGCCCGAAAAAAGAGAAAGAAGGUUGCCCAAGCGUUGUUAGAUAAAUCCUCUGUCCAAAUGCCAACGUUGCAAGAUAUUUGUAUCAAGAAGAUUACACAGAAUAUUGAUGAUGUCGAUGCAUUAGGUGACAUUGGCCAGACUAAUAUGAAUAAGAUUUCAAUGAUCUUAUCAAAAAAUCGAUCACUAAACAAUUCAACCAUGACAUUAUUUUUGCAUGCUGGGUUGAAAGAGUUGGAAUUUUGGGACUGUUCGAAUGUCGACUCAGAUUCAUUAAAUAAGAUUGCAUCUUAUUGCCCUAAUUUAGAAUCCCUUACUCUUUUCAUGUGUGGACACUUUCAUAAUGACAAUUUAAAAUAUUUUGAUUCAAAUCUUCCACAUUUGGCCGAUUUAUCUCUAAAUGGUCCGUUUUUGAUAAGCGAUGCCAUGUGGCAGGAAUAUUUUGAGAAUGGUGGUUCAAGAUUAUCAAAAUUUGAAAUAAGGAAUACCCAUAGAUUUGGUAAUGACUCGUUGAUAAGUUUACUUGAAAAUUGUGGGUCAAAAUUAACAAAACUAAAGCUCUCUAGAUUAGAUGGUCUAGAUUCUGCUCCUGUUUAUGAUUUAAUUCCUCAUUACCUUCUGACAUCAACUUUGACAAGCUUGGAAAUAUCAUACCCAUACAAGGAAGAAUUAAUUACUGACGAUUUAUUAAUAAACAUUCUAUCUAUUACAGGUGAGAGCUUAACUAGCUUAAACGUCGAUGGCUGUUCAAAUUUGACUGACCGGUUUUUAUCAGAAGGAGUUGUUAGGUUUUGCCCAAAUUUAACUCAUUUAUCUUUGAAAUUAUUGGACCAGUUAACCGAUGAAGGGUUUGCGGCAGCUUUUCGAGACUAUUCAAAGGUUAAUAGUGGUGGCUUGAUCAAUGUUCAGUUAACUAAAUGCACUGGAUUAGGAAACAACGCAAUACAUUCCUUGCUUAAUUAUUCUGCUCAAACUUUAGUUGAGCUCAGCUUGAAUUCUAUAUAUAAUGUUGACAAAGACUUUUUGUUUCAAAUAUUUACUGAUGACCAUCAUCCUCUGAAAAUUGCUUUGAAAGAUUCCAUUGAUAAUUCUUCACAGCGUAUUGCGCCAGCUCGCUCUGAUGAAGAGAAUAACAGAAAUGGAAUAACGAAUUUUUAUAGUAGGAUAAAUUUUCCGUUAUUAACAACAUUAGACAUUGGAUUUGUUAGAGCUGUUGAUGAUGAAAUUUUGAACUUUAUUAGUGAUAAUUGCUCAAAACUUACUAUAUUGGAAACUUACGGCAAUAAUAGAUGUACGUUGAGAGCAAACGUAAGGAAUGAUUUAAUGGUUAUUGGACGUCAAAACGAUAUUUUAUAG